UCCGUGUGUCAUGUGAAAUGUAGCGGAAGCGGAGUGGAAAACGCACAGUGUCAAUGUACAGAACAUCUCUGCAACACUCAAGCAAAAAGUGUUGAAAAUGUGGCUGGUACGUUUAGUGUGUGUUGCUGCUGUGUGGACAUUGUGCGUGUCAGCAGACGGUGGGAUUCUGUUCCCCCAGGAGUCUCUGUCCCGGGAGCUGAAGGUGCUGAACGGACUGUGGACCUUCAGAGCUGAUUUCUCUCCCAACAGGAACCAGGGUUUCGAUCAGUUUUGGUUCAAACGUCCUUUAUCAGAGUCUGGUCCUGUCAUUGACAUGCCAGUACCCUCCAGCUUCAACGAUUUAACUCAGGACCCUAAACUGAGAGAUUUCAUCGGCUGGGUGUGGUACGAGAGGGAAGCGUGGAUCCCUCAGCGCUGGCUUCAGAACAAGGACACAAGGAUUAUGCUCAGAGUUGGAAGUGCUCACUACUAUGCAGUGGUUUGGGUGAACGGGGUCAAGGUGAUGGAGCAUGAGGGCGGCCAUCUUCCCUUUGAAGCGAAUAUCAGUGAUGCGGUCCGGAUGGAUGCGAGUAUGCCAUGUCGUAUCACCAUCGCUGUUAAUAACACACUGGACCUGCACACUCUUCCACCGGGAACCAUCCAGUACAUGAAUGAUCCUGCGCGAUAUCCUGCAGGUUACUUCGUUCAAAACACCAACUUUGAUUUCUUUAACUAUGCGGGAAUACAUCGCUCUGUGUUACUGUACACAACGCCACAGGUGUACAUCGAUGACAUCACUGUGACUACUUCCUUCUUAGACAGUACUGGGUUUGUGAAAUACAACGUGACACCAGGGGGCAGUGCCAAUCCCUCUGUGAAGGUCACUCUUAUGGAUAAAGACAAGCGAUGUGUGGCCAAUGCUAACGGAACCCUUGGAGUUCUCAAAGUGCCCGAAGUCAACCUGUGGUGGCCGUAUCUGAUGAGCCAGAACCCAGGAUACUUGUACUCCAUGGAGGUUCAGCUCAAAGCGGAGAGCGGUGAUGUGGAUUACUACACGCUGCCGGUGGGUAUUCGCACCGUCAGUGUCACCAAUACACAGUUCCUCAUUAACAACAAGCCCUUCUACUUCCACGGAGUCAAUAAGCACGAGGAUUCAGACAUUCGAGGAAAGGGAUUUGACUGGCCUCUCAUCGUGAAAGAUUUCAACCUGAUGAAGUGGUUAGGAGCAAACUCGUUCCGUACUAGUCACUACCCGUAUGCUGAGGAGAUCCUGCAGAUGGCCGACCGCCAUGGCAUCGUGGUUAUAGACGAGUCCCCCGGAGUGGGCAUCAAAGACAUACGCAGUUUCGAUAAUACAUCACUGGCCCAUCACCUUGUCGUCAUGAAGGAGCUGCUGAGGCGGGAUAAGAACCAUCCCUCUGUGGUCAUGUGGUCUGUAGCCAACGAGCCAGCGGCUGAGAUGCCUCCUGCAGGCUUCUAUUUCAAACAACUGAUAACAUACACAAAAUCUUUGGAUCCGACGCGUCCGGUGACCUUCAUCACAGACAGUAACUAUGCCAGAGACCAAGGAGCUCCCUACGUAGAUGUGAUCUGUGUGAACAGCUACUUCUCCUGGUACCAUGACCCUGGGCAUCUCGAGGUCAUCUCCAUCCAGCUGCGCACUCAAUUUGACGACUGGUACGGAAAAUACAAGAAACCCAUCAUACAGAGCGAGUACGGAGCAGACGCUGUAGCAGGCCUACACAAUGAUCCUCCGUCGAUGUUUACGGAGGAGUACCAGAAAACCGUCCUGCAGAACUACCACAGAGUGUUUGAUCAGAAGAGGAAGGACUUUGUCGUAGGAGAACUCAUCUGGAACUUCGCUGACUUCAUGACAGCUCAGGGUAUCACUCGUGUGACAGGCAACAAGAAGGGUGUGUUCACCCGGCAGCGGCAGCCUAAAGCAGGAGCUUUCCUUCUGAAAGAGCGCUACUGGAGGAUCGCCAACGAAACAGGUGCCCUGUCCACAUGGACUAAAUACCCCUGUCUGUGAAGACUCCACCCUGGCUGCCGUGUGUGUGUGUGUGUGUGUGUGUGUGUGUGUG